AUGUUCCGUUUGGUAGUUACGAAAUCGCACAACAUAUGUAGGACUCCAGUGGCUCAAGGUUCCGUUCGGCAUUUCGCAGCCCCAGGUGCAAAAGUCGUGCCUCAAAAGGAAGACAAGUCAUUCGUCGACACCGACGCCGAGAAAUUAUCUAAGCACGUCUGCGUUAAUUUUUAUGUCCAAGGAGAAGAGCCCGGCCCUGCCAUCAAACCAGAUUCUGAAUAUCCGGAAUGGCUGUUCAAGCUGGAUUUGAAGCCUCCACAGCCUUUAGAAGAUCUUGACCCGGAAAAGGAUGGAUGGCAGUAUUGGCGUGAAUUGCGAAAGCGGCAAAUGCAGCAGAUGAGGAGACUGGAACAAGUCCGAUUGAAGAGGCUGCACCUUCAGGAUUCGCCGAGCAUGAAGAAUUGGCGGCGAUUU